CAAAAGGGUGAAAAAGGAAGCCCUGGAGAAUCAGCUAUUACAGUUAUGUGUGGAUCUGGAUGGGAACAGUUAAUGAAUAGUUGUUACUACUUUCAAUUACAAUCAAAGAAGACAUGGAAUGAUGCAAAGAUUGAUUGUCGUAACAGGGGAGGAUUUCUUGUCAAAAUUGACAAUGCCUUUGAAAACUGGUUCUUGAAAUUCUUUAUAAAUAAGAGCCAAGGUGACUUUUGGAUUGGAGCACACGAUUCUGUACGAGAAGGACGCUUUGUAUGGGAAGCUGACAAUACACCACUUACUUAUACUAAUUGGAAUCCUGGCAAACCAAACAAUGCUGGCAACAAAGAAGACUGUGCAUAUUUCUUUUCUGGGGAUAUAAGCAAAUGGAAUGAUGCCCCAUGUUCAUAUACAACUUUUUACAUUUGUGAGAAACAUUAAGCUAAACGUACUAUCAUAUAAUUGUGUAGAAUAUUUAGGGACUACACCCUGUUAAUAAUGCGACAAUAGCUUAGCAGUUGUUUAAUUCGCUCUCUUAUAAGAAAAAGAGUGUGUCCUUUUUUGGAAAUUUUGAUAGCGCUCGAUAGUCAAAACAAUAGGAACACACAAAUCAAAUUAGAAAAAGUAGAGCACUUAAACAAAUAAAAGUUCGUAAAAGUAGCGCCAUUUUAUAUCUGUUAAGACCAUUUUCAAAGUUUUUUAAAUGGUGAUUUUACAAAACAUUAGCUUGUCAUUUAUAUUUAAUGUCAACAGGAUAACUUACCAGCUAACCUGUGAUAUCCUUGAUUAAACGUAGGCAGUUGUAUCACCCCGAUCGUUAUAAAUACAGAUCUACGAUAAGUGUUGAUAGUUUUCUAAGACACAAAGAAAUCCUAUAAAUAAAUCUCAGAAAUACAUCAAAAUAUUAUCUGAAUUUUAUUAUUUGUUUGGAGAAAAAGAAAAUGAAUGUAUAAUAACAUUUAUAAGAACAUGAACAAAGAGUAAGAUAUAUUUACAAGAUGUUUAAUACC